AUGGUUUUUCUAGAUUUCUUAAUUAUCCGAACUUUCGCACAUAAAAAUAUCAAUGCUGAAAAACAAACUAGAUUCAUUCCUUUCCUCGCCAAAUAAAAAAUUGAAAAAAAGCAUGGCUACAAACAUCAUUUACAAUAUUAUUAGGAAAAAGAAGAAAAAGAAAUAUGCUAUCUUGUGGCCGCUACUUAUGACUGCUGGAUAAAUGGGUAGAUAUUUUAGCAGACUUUAGUUUGA